UUUUUUUGUUUAAUCUAGAGUGAACGAAUAUUUGUCUAUUGAAUAUUAUUUACUAUUUGAAUAAUGUACUUAUUUUAAUUUCAAAUAAUGUAUCGGAUUUCACAAUUUGGAGUGGGAGCUGUUAAGUAAGGUAGAUGCGUCUGCAGUUCAACAGAAAAACUGGUGCCGUAGGAGUUUUAGUAUUAGCGAUAUUUGUAUCAGUUUUUACGUCAACAUUGUCGAUGGCUUGUCCGCCAGGACAACAUAAUGAUCUGGUACAAUUCAAACGUACAGGACAUCAUAUUAGCAGACGUAGUUUUGCGGAACUUCAGUGUAAAGGUGUUUAUGACAGAAGUCUUUUUGCUCGAUUAGAUCGUAUCUGUGAAGAUUGUUAUAAUUUAUUCCGAGAACAUCAGUUACAUAGACUGUGCAGGGAACAAUGUUUCACAUCGGAUUAUUUCGUAGGUUGUGUACAAUCACUACAACUUGACGAUGAAUUAGAACAAUAUAAAACAUGGAUAAAACAGCUGCACGGUGCAGAGCCCGAUUUUUUUUAGGUCACAAUGUUUUACGACGGACUAUUUCAAAGGUUGUUUGGAAUCAUUACUUCUCAAGGAUGAGGAGGAGAAGUUUAUGCAAAUGGUCGAGUUCCUCGGGAAACGAAAAUGAACUAUUAUUGUUGGUACACCAACUAAUUAAUUGUCAUAUUUCGUCUCCUUCAUAAUCCUAGUCAUUACCUUUAUUACAAAUAAAACAAAUAUUAGAAAAUGAAUAAUAGAAGACAAAGAGUAAUUUUAAAUAACUAAAAAAAAAUGA